AUGGCCAGUUCAAGGACCUUCACCCUCCUCUGUGGUUUGCUGGCAGCCACCUUGGUCGGAGCCACCCUCAAUCCUCCUGCAGUCCUCCUCCUCGGCCCAGAAAUCAUCAGAGAAAAGCUGACACAGGAGCUGAAGGACCAUGAUGCGAUCCAGAUCCUCCAGGAGCUGCCUCUGCUGAGCACCCUGCGUGAGGAGCCGGCUGGGGGCAUCCCCAUUCUAGGCAGCCUGGUGAACUCUGUCCUGAACCACAUCAUCUGGCUGAAAAUCACCUCAGCCAACAUUAUGGAGCUACAGGUGCAACCCUCUGCUGACGGCCAGGAGCUGAUAGUCAAUAUCCCACUGGACCUGGUGGCUGGAUUCAACACGCCCCUGGUCAAGAGCAUUGUGGAGAUUCACAUGGAGACAGAGGUCCAAGCCACCAUCGGCGUGGAGACCAGCAAGAAAGGCCUCACCCUCAGCAGUUGCUCCGACAACAGCAGGAGCCUGCGCAUCAGCCUGCUGAAAAAGCUCUCCUUCAUGGUCAACCCCUUAGCCAACGGUGUCAUGAAACUCCUGGUGCCAGCCCUGCCCAAACUGGUGAAAAGCCAGCUGUGUCCCGUGAUCGAGGCGGCCUUUGAGGACAUGCAAGAGGACCUCCUGCAUCUGGUGGAGGCGCCCAUUUCCGUGAGCAGUGACCACCUGCAGUUUGACCUUCUGUCUUCUGCCAUCAAGGGUAACAACAUCCAGCUCAACCUGAGGGCCAAGCUAUUGGACUCACAGGGAACGGAGACCAAAAGGUUCAGUGAGUCUGCGGCUUCCCUGACAAUUCCCACUCUGGACGACGCCCCUUUCAGCCUCACCGUGAGGCAGGAUGUGAUGAACGCUGCAGUAGAGGCCUUCCUCCCUUCAGAAGAACUCGCGGUCAUGCUGGACUCUGUGCUUCCUGAGCUGGCCCUCCGGCUGAAGUCUAGCAUCAAGGUGAUCAGUGAAAAGGCUGCGGCUCAGCUGGGGCGCACACAGAUUGUGAAGAUCCUAACCCAGGAGGCCCCAGCGCUCCUUCUGGACAAGGGCAGUGCCAAGCUGGCCCAAAUGAUCGUGCUGGAAGUAUUCGCCUCCAAUGAAGUCCGCCGCCCCUUCUUCACCCUGGGCAUUGAAGCCAACUCAGAAGUUCAGUUUUUUACCAAAGGUGCCCAGCUUAUGCUCAACUUAAAUGAAAUCAGUUCUGAUCGGAUCCACUUGAUGAACUCAGACAUUGCCCUGUUCGACCCUGAAAUUCUGAAAGACAUCGCCACUGAUAUCCUCGCCGCCGCCUUGCUGCCAAAUCAGAAUGGCAAAUUAAGAGCCGGGAUCCCACUGUCAAUAGUGAGGGCCUUGGGAUUUACCGAAGCUUCAUCGUUUCUGACCAAGGACGCCAUUGUGUUCACCUCAGACUCCUCGUAG